ACCACACCGCACCAGUGAGCACCGGCGGGGCUCGCCGGCGGCCUCGUGUCGUCGGAGCCGGCGUUAAAGACGGGGUUUCGCCGUGGGUCUGCCAAUGGGUGUUCGUGAAAGUACGUCGUCAUAGAUGUGUUUGAUUCAGGAGGAGGAUGGGAAGUUAGCGUUCCCCCAAGCCAAAUAUCCCUGAUUCACGCCUCUCCCCCUCGUCGAUCGAUAUCCCUCAGCUUUCUGGUUGGAAUCAGAAUUUGAGGAGGAAUCUUGGGUUUUGGAGUGUUGAAUUAGGGUUCGAGAAGAGAUCGAUGGCGGCCAAGGAGGAGGACGUGAAGUACGAGAGCGACGAGGAGGAAGGGGAGGGUUCCGACGGGCGAGGGAAAGUCUAAGGGGCAUGGCUGGAUGCGACGACGAGUCAAGGCGGCGCGGAGGUUUAUGAUGACGAAGAGGAAUGCUACGAGGAGGAGGAGAAGAAGCGGUGGAAGGCGAAGUUGGAAUCGUGCUGUUGUGGCAGUGGGCGGAAGCCCCGGCGAGGGAGAUGGACAGAAGUUUGGUAGGAAGCUAGAGGAAAUUAAGGACAAGAAUCAGGUGGACGAUGAAGAUAAGAAGAGAUGCACGAUGAUCGAUCGGUUCCAGGAGAAUGGCAGAGGACGCCACAGCUCACCUGUAAACCAUCAAGAGCCAGCAUCAGAUGAUGAUAUCAGGAGACAGUCUCCUCAAGCUGCAAGCGUGCAAUCAGACCAUGUUCUUCCAUAGAAGAAUACAUUUGCUUCAAGCGUCAAUUCUGUGUCACCCUCAAUUUACCCCUUUGGGUCAUCCAAUCAAGACACAACCUUGACCCAGAAAAGGGCUGUGCAAACUGGAAGUACCAACAAGGCCAUUUCUUGAUUGAGAGGGAUGGAAGAAAAUGCUAUUACAUCCCAGUCUAACUCAUCGAUGGGAUAUGGUUGGCCAUGAUAGGUUGUAUAUGGACGAUUCCCUGGAUCCGGCUGCAGGGAUGACUGCAACUAACUCUAGUCUCCAGCCUUUAGGAUCUUUAUUGCCAUUAAAAAAAAAUAUUCAGUCUGCUAGUUGUAGGGUUCAAGUGAGGGGCUUAAGUACUGCAGGACCUCCAGAUAGUCCCUUCAGAAUCACCAAUUAGCCAAGUUGGAAGAGUUGCCAAUAUCUCAAGUUGGAAGAGUUGCAGGACCUCAUCUGCCAAUUCAUCUCAAGUUGGAGAAACUGAUUCACCUCCAGGUUCAAGUAAAUCAAACAACUCACUGGGGUGGAAAAGCUAGGAUUAGCAACCAAGCAAGUGGAGCUCAGGUGAUUGGAGCAACUGGAGAUAUGGGCCUUGCCUAUGGUGAUCAAAACUUUCCUGGCACUCCAGCACAUUUACCAGUUACGCAACUUGAGGGUCAGCAUCCUUGACUGUUGGGGUUUCUGCUAUGAGAAUUGCUCUUCCGGGACAUGUAGCUCAGUCGCAACUUGGUUUUAGCAAUUCUGAAAUCACUUGAACAUUUGUUAAUACUACGUUCACUGCUUGGACAAGGUGAUCCUAUGUUCCAGGCUGUGGUGGAGGCUCGUCCAAAUGAUACGGACAGUUCCGUCAGCCUUGGGCUUUAGAUUUAGAGUUGCCAUGCCUCUGCAGCGAACACGGGCCUCGUUGGUUGUACGGACCAGCUCGAGGCCAUCAGAACACUUGCUCGCUCGGCGGAAGAGUGGCGCACCGAUGUUGUCGGUUGCGUGGACUCGGGCCAGGCCCAAUUACUUCCGCGUUACAAUGCGGCCGCGAGUCCACAGCCACACAUGUAGCGUGCCUCCGCAAACCUUACGGAUGUAAGCGGUGGAAACUUGAGGUCCAUACGCCUCUUCUCUCUCCCUGUAUCGCUUGAGCGAGUGCCGAGGAUGCAGCUUCUUCAAACCCCUCCCAGUGGACUUGCCAUCUCAACACAGUCUCCCCGACCCAGAAGCGGUGCGAAUUCCUUGAAAGCCCACCGGCUUUCCUCCACGCUCAGGUGUUCCUCCUCGGUUCGCGUCCACCGACGCUUUGUACGGCCUCCUAGCCUCCCAAGAGCUUCUUCCGUUGAAGCCAGCGCGUCAGUGGAAUCAGUGGACGCAGCCAAGAAGGAAGUUCUGGUGGCCUUGUCCCAAAUUAUCGAUCCAGAUUUCGGCACGGAUAUUGUAUCGUGUGGUUUUGUGAAGGAUUUGUUCGUUGAUGAAGCUUUGAAAGAGGUUUCAUUCCGGUUGGAGCUAACCACGCCCGCAUGUCCAAUCAAAGACAUGUUUGAACAACGGGCAAAUGAGGUUGUUGGAGCACUUCCUUGGGUUAAAAAGGUCAACGUGACAAUGUCAGCACAACCCGCCAAACCGGUUUUUGCAGGAGAGCUGCCCAAGGGAUUACAAAGAAUCUCAAACAUUGUAGCUGUCUCCAGUUGCAAGGGUGGUGUUGGGAAGUCUACUGUGGCUGUAAACCUUGCUUACACAUUAGUUGGAAUGGGAGCUAGAGUUGGCAUAUUUGAUGCUGAUGUUUAUGGUCCGAGUUUACCAACAAUGGUUUCACCAGAAAAUCGGUUGCUAGAAAUGAACCCUGAAACAAGAACUAUACUUCCAACUGAGUUCAUGGGCGUCAAGUUGGUUUCUUUUGGUUUUGCUGGCCAAGGGCGUGCAAUAAUGCGUGGUCCAAUGGUUUCAGGGGUCAUCAAUCAACUACUCACUACUGCUGAAUGGGGAGAGUUAGACUAUCUUGUUAUUGAUAUGCCUCCUGGGACUGGUGAUAUUCAGCUCACCUUAUGUCAGGUUGCUCCAUUAACAGCAGCUGUGAUUGUUACCACCCCACAGAAGUUAGCAUUUAUUGAUGUUGCAAAAGGAGUUCGUAUGUUUUCAAAACUUAAGGUUCCAUGCAUAGCUGUGGUUGAGAACAUGUGCUACUUUGAUGCUGACAGCAAACGAUAUUACCCAUUUGGAAAAGGUUCGGGUUCUCAGGUUGUUCAACAGUUUGGGAUACCAUAUCUCUUUGAUCUUCCAAUUAGGCCAACUCUGUCGGCAUCUGGAGAUAGUGGAACACCCGAAGUAGUGGCUGACCCUCAAGGUGAAGUAGCCAAGACAUUCCAAGAUCUCGGUGUAUGUGUGGUGCAACAGUGUGCCAAAAUUCGCCAACAAGUCUCAACAGCAGUAUCGUAUGAUAAAUCUAUCAGAGCUAUCAAAGUGAAAGUGCCUGAUUCCGAUGAAGAAUUUUUACUUCACCCUGCUACAGUUAGGAGGAAUGACCGCUCAGCCCAAAGUGUCGAUGAGUGGACUGGAGAGCAAAAAUUACAAUACGGUGAUGUUGCAGAAGAUAUUGAGCCUGAAGAUAUUCGACCCAUGGGGAACUAUGCUGUUUCAAUAACAUGGCCUGAUGGAUUCAACCAGAUUGCUCCUUACGAUCAAUUGGAAACCAUGGAACGCCUGGUUGAUGUUCCAGAACCGACAAGGGCUGCAGGCAUUAGUGCCGUUUGAAGCUGUCACGGCAGAUGGUGGUGGUAAGGGGCAUUGCAUGAUGAGCACCGGUCUCACUCAAUCUGCCAAGCUUGUGGGGGCUUCACCUGGGAGCUGAUUUCGGCAGGAUGCAUGAAGAAAUGGCUUAUGUCGGCAUUGUUUUGUCACCAGACGAACAGUUCCAAAUGUUGUGGGAUAUAUGUAUAUUUAUAAAAGAUCUACUGCCUCACCAUUCUUGCA